AUGCGAGUCGGAUACAACUGCAAAGAGAAAUGUCAUUUGUGCGACGCUAAGGACUGGCACAUCAUGGACAUGGAUGCAGCGUGGCGGCCUAGCGUGGGUAACAGAACCACAAGUCCCUUCAAGCCAUGCAACAUCCCAUUGAUGAACAUCCCAGGGCUGAACAAAGCUGAGUAUGUAUUUCCGGACAGCUGCCAUUGUUUUCACAUUGGCUGGGGGAAAGACCUGGCGGCCUCCAGCAUCGUGCUCCUCGCGAAGAAGAAAUUUUGGCCUGGGCGGUCACUGGAUGCACGCAUGGAGUGUGGCUUCCGGGACUACAUGGGCUACAUCACCCAGAGGCACAAGACUACGGGUUGCGAUGGUUUUUCCAGGGCGCAUUUCAAGAUGAGCUCGCAGCGAUUUUCAAUUAGCCUUAUAUGUCAAGUUUGCUCUGGGUUGGGUAACUGUGUGUACCCUCAGCCCUAA